GCAUCACAAAGGGCGUAUGCUCACACAACUGCCACCUGUUCAGGAAGUACGCUGUCAGGUGUCAACAUUACAAACUUUAUUUGUCGGAUGGAUUGAUAAGGAACUAAAGGGACACUGUGUGUUACAAGCCAUUUCCGCCUCCUCCUCCCAGACUGGUGAGAGCGUCCCCGACAAUUUCAUAGGGUUUGACUCAGCCCCUGACAAAGUGGUAGAUGGCUCAGUGGUCCGUGUGCAGUAUCAAUGCUCUAAGCCAUGUCAUCUUGCAGUGGAGGUGGUGGUGUCCACAUUAAAGAAGACAGAUUUAGCGGUCUUCAGGAGGAAUUGGAACAGCAGCGCCACCCGAGUCUACAGGAUCCACCAGGUGCAGCUCAGAUUGCCUCCGUCCAUUUUAUAUCAACACGACUUUUUCAACAGACGUGUUUUGGAUGCGCAGAAUGUGACAGUACGUGCUUGGUUAGACCAUCUUAAUGAUGGCAGUGAACCGGGGACAUACCAUAGCUCCAUGUUGAAGAUUUAUAAAGUGCUACAGAUAAAGCCACUCUCAGAGCGUCCAACUAAACCUCCCACUGACUGCCCUUCAUGGUCCGCUCAGCUGAUGUGGCAGAUGACCAGAAACAGAAUUUAUCAUUGUCCACAUGAAUCAGACACAAUGGAUCUUCUAAAGUUCCCACUAGCCACUACUGGAGAGCACUUUGGAGUGGUCCGCAGGUUUCAGCCUUUUAUCGACAGAGGCCUGGAGAGAGCCCGUCUUCAUGCUGUGACACAGCCCAGCGUCACCUUAUCUGUGUGGAUCUACCUACUGAAAUGGUGUCACAAGAAGCUCUGUGGGAUCAUCCAUCAUGUCGAUAGGAACAAUUUAUACGACUCCGUCCUGAUGCAGCUUACAGACACAGGGGACGUCAUAAUUCAGGCACGUGUGACAACAGGAGAAGAUGAAGCGUUCCAAACCAGUGUAGCGUUGCCCCUGCGGAAAUGGAUUAGAUUGGACUGUUACAUACAAGACUCCAAGGUGCUGCUGGAUGCAACAUGGGAUGAUAAAACACUCAAAUAUGAAUAUGAAUUUCAGGACAGUAUCCAUUAUGAUGACACUGAUGGAUACUUUGUGAUCGGAGGUAGCAAGCACAUAUCAGGCAUACGUGGGUAUUUUGGGCCUAUCAAAUACUAUCGUUUCGGAACUGAAGAGGUAACAAAUGAACUUCACCCCAAGUCAGCACUACAGGAACUGGAUAAGACUCAUCAGGAGUGUGUGGAAAUAAAAGCAAUUACAAGAGCUUUUCUCCAACAAGUAACUGAGAGUCACCUCCUGUCAAUAAUCAACAAAGGUGUCUGCACCCCUCACUUCAUAAAACUGUGGGGUCGGUUUAGAGAGAAAACCAGCACGCAAACAUGGACCUGGGAAAAACAACUUAAUUACAGCGUGCUUUUUCGUGUCUUGCAAACAAAAGAGGAGGACAUCAGAAGAGGCUCUUUGGGCAUGAAGGACCUCAGAGGGACUUUGUUUGAGCAUGCAGUUAGUACAAUUUUCACCAGGGAUCAGGCAGAAAUUAAAAUUCCAACCAAAUCAGUGGCUCUACUACAAGUAUCUUCCUGCUUUGGAUAUCACAAAGCAUCUCUCUUGUUAGCCACUAUCUACCUCUCUGGCCUGGGACAUGCAGUCGAUCAACAACUGGGUCAUGUCUAUAGUUUGAUUGGCGCAGCGGGUGAUAACCGUUUCGCACUGAUGCAUGCAGGGUACAAGCACACACAAGGAAUUGAUGGGUUUCCAAAAGACUUGGACAUGGCGUACAGCUACUAUUCCAACACUGGGGUGCAGAGCAACAUUGAUAGUUCUAGGAUGCAUGAAGAUAAGCAAUACACACCUGAACACAUCUAUCUAAGCAAUCAAGAGGAUGUAUACAGACUCACACACAAGACAAGAGACGUCUUUCAGUAUCUGAAAUUCCAUGCAGAGAGAGGAGACGUAGAAUCUCAGAAACGCCUGGGAACAAUGCUUUACUGGGGACAGCAUGGACUUUCUAAAGACCAAGUGAGUGCGGUGAAGUGGUUUGAAAGAAGUGCUAUGCAGAUGAAGGAUCCUUCAGCGAUGUACGACUACUCCAUCCUGCUGAUGAAGGGCCAGGGGGUGAAAAGAAACCACACCCGAGGUUUUCAGCUGCUGGAGAAAGCUGCAGCAAUGGGCUCAAUUAACGCCUUGAAUGGUUUAGGCUGGUACCAUGGGAUUAUUCUGAACGACCACAAAACUGCAGCAAUAUACUUUGAACAGGCAGCGUUAAAUGGGAGUGCUGAUGGCAUGUUUAACCUGGGCAUCUACCAUCUCAGUGGGAUAAACCCGGACAGCCCAUGGAGGAAUGAGACGGCUGCAUUCCACCAGUUUCUGAAUGCAGCUCAGUUAGGUCACAUCGCUGCAUCAGUGGAGAUAGCUCGGUACCUUUCGACAGGAAGCCUGGAAGGGGUGUCUCAGGAUGUGGAGAGGGCUGUGAUAAUGUUAAAAACGGUCUGUGAACAGAACGGACACCUUGGAUUUAUGAUCAGAGAGGCUCUCCAAGCCUACCUCCAGGGCUCUUGGCAGGAGGCUUUUGUGAAGUAUGUUUUGGUAGCUGAAACCGGUCUGGGUUUGGCCCAGAGUAAUGUUGCACACCUCUGUGAGGAACUGAAUCUCAGUCAUGAUUGUCAGUGGAGAUAUCAUAACUACUCUAUAUUAAACUAUGAUCCCCAUCCGUCCGCUCUGCUGAAAAUGGGAGACUACUACUACUGUUCCUCCAGCACGCGAGAAGACUCAUUAUCUUUGGUUGGUCAGGCAGUAUCGAUGUAUGGCAGAGCGGCUCUAGCAGGCAGCCCUCAGGGAAUGUACAACUUGGUCGUUCUGGCACAACAAGGGCACGUUCUUCCAUUGAGCGUCUGCGGCUUGUUUAAUGUGUCACGUCGUGAUGAGCUGGACAUUGUGGUGGAGAAGAUCUUGAAAAGAUGUAUGGAGACUGAGGAUGAAGAAGCAGUAACGCCUUGUUCUUUAGCUCUGCUUGGAGUUCAGAUGGGAAAAGCCUUGAGGAGAAUGACUCAGAAUGGUGCACAGCUUCUCUUGGCAUAUGCAUCUAUUCUUUCUGUGUGUGUCAUUACUGUCGUUAUGCCAUUGCAGAGCUGUCUUGAACAAAGGCUUCCCCGUUACCGUGUGGUUGCACUGAGGGCAGGGACAUCAUCGGUCAGCCAAGAUGGUGUCAACUUGAAUAGAGAGCAAGAUGGCAUCAUGGGAGGAACCUACAGAGCGGUGGGGAAUCUAUGGCUUACCAUCCUGAAUGGGGAGCAGUGGCUCCGGCAGGCAGGAGAUUUGACUGUGACUCUGUCGGGCGUGUGCCUGUGUGUUUUCUGGACCACACUCCUCUAUCAUCUCUUAUGACAUAAAAUACCCAGCACAGUGAUCCAAUAGCCACAGCAAAAGCCCCAGACACUACAUAUUGUAAGAGCAUACAUUUAGCGGAUGAGUUACUGCGCUAUUCGUGUGACACAUUUGUGUUUCGGCGGCAUGUGACUCAUUUUAAGUUACAGGAAGGAGAGAAGUGCUGAUCAUAAUGUGAGUGUGCUGCUUUAUCAGAGUGGUGAUAAUGUUUCCUCAGUAACCAUUUUUUCAUUGUUUUGUUUGUGGAAAAUAAAAUACUUAUCAUGAGAUUCAUUUAAUGAAUGCUGAGUCCCACCUACAGUUUAUAUCGUCUUGGGGAUGUGGUGGCAAGGAGGGAGAGUGAAACUUCUUUUCUGCAGCGUAUAAGUCCUGUAAAAACAUAGUAUUUUUCUGAUUAUUCAGAUAUUUAUCUUGUGAAAAUGAGCCAUAUCAGUCACAGCAUUGCACUGUUAAAACGUACAGACCCUGAUGGCUGUGCAUUUAAAGGCUUAGAGGAUCAGCCUCAGUGAUGGAUGUAUUGGGAGAUGUUGUACUAGAAGCUGUGUUGUAAUAGGUCAGCUAUUAAGACUUGUUCCUGGCCCUAUCAGUGACAUGUUGAUGAUAAGUGUCUCACAGGAGACCGGACAUGCAACAGCAGCAUGCAGGGACACUUGAACAUUUUGUCCAAGGCCAGAGCAAUGGAAUUUCAGAGGUCAUUGAUUUAGUCUCCGGCUGGGCAGGCGCUCCUGGUCGAUACAUAAGAUAAGACAAUAUCAGUUUUAACCAUCGCUAUGGGAGACAGCAGCAAAAAAACGUUUGUUUUGAAAGGAUAAGUUACUAUAGCAAUGGAAGACAGCUCAAACAUAUAGAGGUCUUGCUGGGGUCUUGGUCAAAUAAUAGCUUCUCUGUGCUGCUGUUGUUGCUCUGUUCACAGAUAAUGCAAUGGACAAUAUCUUUUGAGGGAUUUUGUUUCUAUGGCUGCCAAAAAAAUAUGAGGAAUAGUGAGUGUUACUCAGUUCUUAACAGUUAUUUACAGCUCUGGGCGACUUGUGAUGAUGUGCAGUCUAUAGCAGUGAGUGUUUUUGCUUUGUAUUCAUGGAGCUGUCAUUAGUUAAAUAAGGAGUUUCACAGUGUAAAUAGCACCAUGUGGAGCGCCUUCAGUUCAGAGUGAAGUCGGUAUAUAAUUUGGGGAUGGAUAAUGAUCUCACUCUUCCUUCUUCUAUCUCUGUCACUUAUGUCGUCUGUUUCUGUCUCUUUCCUUAAAGGGACAGGACACCAAAACAAAAACACUGCGUACUGCAUACUACGUAUGUGCACUGCAGAGUGUUUCUUCAGUUUAUGUGGUAGUAUUUUAUUGUUAUUGCUAUUUGGAAUUGCUUAAGAUUGAAUCACAACUGUCAAAAGGAAAUUAACAUUUUAUUUUAUUUAUUUAUUUAUUUCAAAGAUUCUUUUUUGGGGCUUUUUGAAUUUACACUUUUUAGAAUUAAACAAACAAAAAAUUUAAACAGGACAUUUGUGAGCUUUUGAGGUGUUGGUUUUGCUGGUUUUGAGCCAGGCUAGCUCUUUCCUCCUGAUUACAGUCUUUAUGCUAAGCUAUGCUUGCCACUGCUUCAACUUUAGCAUACAGACAAAGACAAAGUCAGUUAGCUAACGUUAGCUGUGGUUGAGAUUGUUAAACACGUCUACACCGGACCGGAUGUCUGCUCUCACGCCUACUGUUACUCACUGACAUCCUUCUUGUCAUUUCACUGCUAAAUUAAAUUGAUUAAUUGAUUGAUUCACUCACCAUACAAACAUUCUAUUAGGAUUUUGAGUCAAGUCACAAUUUGGAGUUAUGGCUCAAAAUAUAACCAAUUAAUGGUUCAUUUUAAAAUGCCAGACCUGUAUCACCACAAAAAUCUGUGGGUGAGCAAAUCUUCAUGGAAAAUCCAAUUUUGGGAUUCUGUCGCAACAUUUAUUGCCACCUGAAGGCAGACAUUAUUCAGGUGUUUUUCAAUAAUGUUGAUGAUCAUCUUUUGUAAAUUUUAUUGUUUAAUGAGUUGAUAAGAAGUUGAAUGAUGUGGCCUUGAAUUGUUGCAGUAUACUGUACUUAAGGUCAUGACUAACAGACACUUUUACCAGCAUUACAUGCUUACAGAAUCUCUCAAAAACAUUUACAGGUUUCACAAGUUCCUUCUUUUCUAAGUUAAUUCCACUCUCACUGAACACUCUGGACUAUUUGAUUAUCAUGGAGGGCUAAAACACGAGACAUUCUUGUUAAAAAAAAACAACAACUAAUAUUUAGAAGUCUUGCGGAUUCAAACCAAUUGGCAUCAGGUGGCCCUGGCAUGUGCACAAAUGCCACAAAAACACAAAAUAAUGUCAGCACUAUUCAUUUUACACAGCUGCAAAGUGCAAUUUUAGUUACUCUGCAGUAAUUGUUAAUUAAAUACUUUGAUGAUACUGUCUGCAACCAAGUAAUUAAAUUAAUAUCACUUAUUUUCAAAUGGUUACUGUUACAUGCAAUUCAAUCCAGGCCCCUACGGGCAGUCAAUUGAAAUUCCUCCACUACUCACACUGCAACCAACCCCCCAGUGCCUUUUCAUUGUGAGUUAAGUCUGCACACAUGGCUGCAUGUAGCCUGACAAUAAAGUGUCCUGAGUUAACUUCUGUUAUGAAUUGGCGCUAUACAAAGAAAAUUGAAUUUAACUGAAUUUAACUUAAAGUUGUGCUGAUCUGUGGUACACAUCACGGUUCAGCUUUUGAGGCCCUGGAGUGACCAUCUAGUGCCACACCCCAUGUUGAAGAGUAGAAGCCAUUCACAGGGUCUAGAAUGUGCAGUACCACCUUACUCAGUUUUAAAAGGCCUGAAAAUAGCAUGUAUCUCAGCAACAGCUGUAUCUAGCAAUCUGGUGAACAAUACCUCUUGCUGAGGUGAGAAAAGGACAGAACAAAAAAAUAAUAAAUACAACAAAUAACUAACAACUGAUGUAACAUUAUAACAUCACUUUACCGAGAGCUCAGGUUUAGUCCACACAAUGAGCCCUGUCUUAUUCAUAAUUAGCUAAACUGAACACGGCAUCUUCAUUUGACCAUAAACAAGACAACAAAGCCAGCCAGUGUUUUUUUUUGGCAAAAUCACACCAAUGAUCAGUGAUGAAAACAGACCUAUAUUUGAUGCAGUGAACCGUAUUUGAUUCAGUUAAGUUCAAAUAGUACAGCUUGGUAUAUGUCCUGACUCAUUGUAUUACACAUUCCAUAUUAACUGUAAAAUUGUGUUCACACAUUUGUGAUAUGACAGUUGCAUUUAUCUGUUUGUAUUGUCUAUGUUUAUUGUUGUAAUUUUCAUGCUGCCCUCUUGAAAAAGAGAUUUUAAUAUCAAAGAAAAUAUCUACUUUUUUAAAAACCAAA